AUGGAGGAUGAAAAUGAAUAUAAGAAAUUACCGACAGAAGAAAAAUGUGUUCACAAACUAUGGAAAGCAAGAGUUGCUGGAUAUGAAGAAGCUAUUAAAUUGUUUAAUCAGAUUGAUGAUGAGAAAUCACCAGAGUGGAACAAAUUCUUAGGUCUAAUAAAGAAAUUUGUAACAGACAGUAAUGCUGUUGCACAAGAAAAAGGUUUGGAAGCAGCAUUAGUGUUUGUGGAGAAUUGCGGUCAUGCCGGCAAAACUACCGGCGAGGUGAUGUCCGGUAUUGUAGCCAAAUGUAUUGCAGCGCCUAAGACUAAGACUAAAGACCUUGCUUUACAGGUAACUUUAAUGUACAUUGAGAUUGAAAAACAUGAGAUUGUUGAAGAAGAACUCCUAAAAGGCAUGGAACAGAAGAAUCCUAAAGUAGUAGCAGCAUGUGUUGCGGCGUUAAACACUGCUCUCAAACAAUUUGGUAAUAAAGUGAUAGCUAUAAAGCCGAUGGUCAAGAAAAUUCCAAUCUUACUCGCCGAUAGAGAUAAGGGAGUGAGAGAUGAGAUGAAAGCACUAGUCAUUGAAAUGCAUAGAUGGAUCGGAGCAGCAAUAGAACCCCACAUAGCGUCUCUUCAAGCGGUGGUGCAGCAGGAACUGCGUGAGGCUUUCGGUAGUACUGGCAGUGCGUCGCCCACGCGCUAUCUCCGCUCGCAGCAGAGCCGUGUGCGUGCUACGCCUGCAAAUGAUGCUACUGAUGGUGGAGCAGACGAUGAAGAUGCAGAGACAGGUUGUGGAGACUCAGCAGAUGUAGAUCCUUAUGACCUUCUGGAUCCUGUGGAAAUACUGUCCAAGUUACCCAAAGACUUCUAUGAAAAACUCGAAAAUAAAAAAUGGACUGAGAGAAAAGAGGCUCUAGAUUCUUUGGACAAUCUCUUAAAAAAUGCCCCUAAGUUGGAACCUGGUGAUUAUGCUGAUUUGGUCAGAGCUUUGAAAAAGGUGAUAUCGAAGGACACUAACGUGAUGCUGGUAGCGCUUGGCGGGCGGCUAUUGGGAGCGCUGGCAGCGGCCCUGCGUCACCGCUUCGCGCCCUACGCCGUGGCCUGCGUGCAGGCCAUACUCGACAAGUUCAAGGAGAAGAAACCCAAUGUUGUCUCCGCACUGAGGGAGGCCAUAGACGCUAUAUACCCCUGUACAAACUUAGAAGCGAUCAUGGAAGACAUGCUAGCAGCUUUCGACAAUAAGAAUCCGUCAAUCAAAGCCGAGAGCGCGAUAUUCCUAGCGCGAGCGCUGUGCCACACUCAGCCCGCUGCGUUCAAUAAGAAGUUGGUCAAGGCUUAUGUUGCUGGGUUGUUGAAACUGAUUGAAAGUGCAGAUCCGGUGGUCAGAGACGCAGCAGCAGAGGCGUUGGGAACCGCUACGAAGUUAGUGGGCGAGAAGAACAUUGCACCUCAUAUUGGAAAAUUGGACAACUUGAAAGAACAAAAGAUUAAAGAGUUUGCUGAAAAGGCAGAAAUCAAAGUUAAAGUAUCGGCCCCUAAGAAAGAAGCUAAACCAAAAGCCCCCGUUGGAAAAGGAGACACUAAGCCCGCUGCGGGCUCGGCUCAGCCCAAACCAGUGAAACGGCCUGCCUCUGCAAAGAAACCAGCAGUAAAGAAAGCUCCAGCACGCAGUCAGCCCACUCCGCCGCGGGAGCAGGAGCUCUCCCCGGAAGAGAUAGAUGCCAGAGCCGAGCAGCUGUUCACACCGGAUGUUAUAACUGGGCUAGGAGACGGUAACUGGAACAGUCGUCUUGCAGCAGUUCAGUCAUUCCACUCAACAGUGCAAAGUCUCACUCCAGCUGACACAACAUCUCAAGUCCUAUACAGAAUCCUAAACAAAAAGCCAGGCUUAAAAGACACUAAUGUACAAGUACUAAAAGCUAGGUUGGAAGCCUGUAAAUAUAUUACUGAGAACUACCCAGUUUCCACUACAGCAGCAGAUUUCGUUCUCCAAGACAUAGUAACGAAACUUGGUGAGAGCGCUUGUUCAUCACUCUCUGCUGAGUGCCUCACAUCCCUCGCAGAUAGCUGUGGCUUGGAACACGUUCUCAAUGAAGGUCUAACAUUUGCAAUGGACUCGCAGAAGAACCCUAAAGUCCAGUCGGAGAUGUUCAAUUGGAUGUCUAAUGCGAUUAAGGAAUUUGGCUUUACUAUGAACGUGAAAACAAUAGUCGUACACGCCAAAAAAGCGCUCUCGGCUACAAAUCCCAAUGUGCGGACGUCUACUAUUAACUUUUUGGGAAUACUGUCCCUCUACGUCGGACCAUCUCUCCUGAAUCAUUUCGAUAGUGAAAAGCCAGCCACAAAGCAACUUAUUAGCUUAGAAAUGGAUAAAUAUGCGAAUAGUACGCCUCCUUCGCCAACGCGGCAAAUAGGAAAAGUGAGUAAGUCUGCAAGCAAAGCCUCAAUGGGUGAUGAUAUCGAAGAAACCGACGAAGCCGUCGACGACGAGCCCGUGGUAGUAGAGGACAACCGGCCGAGAACUGACAUAGCUCCUCUCAUUACUGACUCGCUGGUCGCUGAGAUAAAUGAUAAGAACUGGAAGGUUCGUAACGAAGCGCUAGAUAAAGUUAAAGUUAUAAUAAGCAAUUCAGCGCCUAUAAAAUCUACACUCGGUGAGCUUCCUGCGGCCUUGGCGGCGAGAUUAUUGGACUCCAACUCAAAGUUAGCACAAAGUGCCUUGCAAAUAUGCGAGCUGAUCGCCACUUCAAUGGGUCCAAGGUGUAAACAACAUGUUAGGACGUUCUUCCCGGCGUUUUUCCAAGCAUUCGGCGACAGCAAGCAAUGGAUCCGCGCGGCGGCGGUGUCGUGUGUGGACGCGUGGUGCCGCGAGGCGGGCGCCGCCGUCGCCUUCGAGGCGGAGAUGGUGUUCGACGCGCUCAAGGCGGGCUCGCCGGUGCUGCGCGCCUCGCUGUGGCAGUGGCUCGCUGAGAGGCUGCACGAGGUACCGCCUAAGUCGAUUCCCCGUGAGGAGUUGUCAGUGUGUGUGCCCAUUCUGUUCGCGUGCUUAGAGGAUCGCGCGGCGGACGUGCGCAAGGCGUCGGCGGACUGCGUGUUGCCGUUCAUGUUGCACCUCGGCUACGAGCCUAUGCACAAACAGAUGGACAAAUUGAAGCCUGGAUCUAAAUCAGUAGUCCAAGCGGCAUUAGAUAAAGCCAGACCAAGCUUGCCAGUGCAACCUUUACCAACAAAGGCCAAGAAAGACGAGCCGAAAGGAGUCAAAUCUGCAGGAGCUCUUAAAAAAGAGGCAGAGAAGAAAGGUGGACCUGCUAAAUCUAAGGUUGUGAAACCAACUUCAGCCGCUAAUCGGAACAAGAAAGAAGAUGACGACUGCACGCCAUUAUUACCGAAUAAUAAUGCCAAAAACCAGCGUAUUAUUGAUGAUCAAAAACUAAAAGUACUUAAAUGGAACUUUACGACGCCGCGUGAGGAAUUCUUUGAAUUACUCAAAGAGCAAAUGAACAGCGCUGGUUUGAAUAAACAACUAGUGGCCAACAUGUUCCAUAGUGAUUUCCGAUACCACUUGAAAGCAAUCGAAGCUCUAUCAGAAGACCUUCACGAAAAUGGAUCGGCUCUAAUGGCGAAUUUAGAUCUAGUGCUCAAAUGGCUGACACUACGGUUCUUUGACACCAACCCCUCAGUUAUACUCAAGGGGUUAGAGUAUUUGACUCUAGUGUUCCAGUACUUGAUAGAUAGUGAUUAUACAAUGGCAGAGUAUGAGGCUAAUUGUUUUAUACCAUAUCUCGUGUUGAAGGUUGGUGAUCCUAAAGAUACAGUUCGAAAUGGUGUGAAAGCUCUGUUCAAACAAAUUGGUAUGGUUUAUUCCGUCACUAAGCUAUUUGGGUAUCUGAUGGAGGGCUUGAAAUCAAAGAAUGCCAGACAAAGAGCAGAGUGCCUGGAAUGCAUGAACCACCUGACGGAGACGUACGGGUCGUGCGUGAUGUCGGGCGGCGGCGCGGCGGCGCUGCGCGAGCUGGCGCGCCACAUCGGCGACCGCGACAACGCCGUGCGCUCCGCCGCGCUCAACUGCGUCGCCACCGUGUACUUCCUGGACGGCGAGCGCGUGUACAAGAUGAUUGGACAGAUAUCAGACAAGGAUUUAUCUCUACUCGAAGAACGAAUCAAACGCGCGGGUAAAAGCCGUAGUGCGGAAGAACGGAGGUCUAUGGUAGUGCCAUUAUCUGCCUCUGGAAGACCUAUCCUGCAAGUUCCUGAGCAGGAUAAUGACAGAGCAAUGCAGGAAGAGCCGGCGCCAUCUGAAUAUGAAGAGGAAGAGAUUGAUGAGCCGCCACCGCCGCUGCCACAACAGCCUGUCAUAGCACCAGAGCCUAAAGUAAUAACAGGUCCGUUUGGACUGGAUCCGGACCUAAUAGCCAAAUUGGAUGCGGCAGUGCCUGUUCUACGUAAACCAGAUUUACCUGAACUAGAUAUCAAGUUCUUGGACGAGCCCGUGCCAGCAUCUACUCUGAGGAAUGUUAGUGCACCCGUAAGACCCAGCAUGGUGACAAUGUCCCCGCCGCGCCACGCGACGCCGCACCCGCUGGUGACGCCUGCGCACAAACCGGCCAUAGACGAUGCGCAGCUCGCAGACACCAUACACUCUAUAUCUAGUCCUGAUCUUAAUGCGGCGAUCCGAGCUCUAUCCCUCAUAUCCGGAGCCCUAGUGUCGGGGCGCGGCCCCGCGCUGGCGGCGCACGAGGCCCGCCUGGUGUCCGCCAUAGCGGCGCAGUUGAGGCGCCUUCGCACGGCGCCGCCCACCGCCACAUCAGCGCAGCAAACUUUACCAGCCUAUAAGUAUUUGGCUGGAGCUUUAACGACGUUUUACGAUACGGCGGGUUGUGGGAAGCAAGUAGGCGAGGGCGCGCUGCGGUCGCUUCUCGGGGAGCUCCUGCUUGUGCUGGGGGCGGCACCCUCCACGCCGUGCCCUACGGCCGAUGCGGAACGACUCGUGCGCAUACUGAACAACGUGUGCGUACGCGUUCUGGAACAUUCGCCGAGAACUGCUUUGUUAUGCGCAAUAGUAUCUCUCCUCCACGACUCAAUAGUAGAAUCUGACCCAGCUUAUCCGCGUUACCAAGAUCUAUUAUUAAAAUGUUUCUGGAAAACUCUCAAAAUGAUCUCAACAUGGGAUGUGAACUCCAUCGAUUAUGAUGCAGUACUAUACAAAAUUCAUUUGUUUUAUAAGGCAUAUCCUAAUAGCUAUUGGAAAAAGAAUCCGGAAAUAAGCGAUACACCAUAUAGAACUGUCAAAACAUUGGUACAUACUCUUGUUAAAAUGAAAGGGGCGUCCAUAACGAAUCAUCUCACCCAGAUACCUGAUGUUAACGAAUCCGAUCUUUACCCCUACUUACAUAAAGUUCUUAAGCAAUUAAAACUCGACGAACGUAAAGACACGCAGUCGGACAACAUCAACGGAGGGCUGCCGAGUUCGGUGGCAGUCAAUAACUCUGCUCUGAACACAGGCCGCCUGCCGCGCGGCGUGCACGAGGAGUUGGCGCUCAUACUAAAGCGUAUUGGCUCUAAGGAACAUAAUAGAGAUGCUUUGUCACAGUUGUAUGAUCUACGGGAGCGCCACCCAGAAGUCGAUAUAUGGACGUUCAUGCAAGGCUCGUCGUUCUACUUCCGCAACUACGUGGAGCGAGGCCUGCGCGAGGUGGCCGAGCAGAGGAAACUCGCAACCGUGUCCAUGUACAAGAGCGAUUAUAAAGCAGAGAACAUCGACAUUAGCAACGAAAACGACGAAAAGUCACAUGUGAUUUUCUUGGAGAGGCUUAGAGCGUUACAGGCUAAAGCCGGCCUAAAAACAGAAUCGAACCCGUCGUCCCAACCCCGCACACCUGUGAACGACAACCGAUCGCUCGCCGACUCGAUCAGCGAGAGCACACUCCCACGCGCGCACAGUAUUGAUCCACAGUUAGAGCUCCACACGACACCACAAGUAUCACAAAAGAACGAAGCGGCGGUCGACGCCCUACGUCUCAAGCUGCAGCAGAUCAAAAGCUCCUCUAAGAGA